UUUUUGCAAACAUUAUACUAAACCCAAUACGUAUAUAUAUACGUAUUUGAAGAUAAGUAUUAAUAAUACUAAUAACUAGCAACAGAGGGCAACAAUAAUUGGUUGAGAUUUAUCAAGUGUAGAAUGACUUCUUCGCCGGAAUCGAAUGAGUUGUGGAGCGAGGAUAAUAUGUCGUUAGAGGUCUUGUGUGAUCCUCCCACGGCCGAAAUGGACAAGUUAGAUGACAAUGAUCCCCCAAGUGAAUCCAAGGAUCCCUUGUUUGUGCUUGAAACCAUCUUUCCCGUCUUCGUCUCAUCAUGGGAGCGUGAGACAGGGAUUUGUAGUAUCUGCCGCAAUCAAGUUGAGGGACCUUGCGUGAACUGCCAGUGUGAUGCUGAGACAACGGCCUGGGAGUGCACCUUGAUGUGGGGGGAGUGUGGGCAUGCUUUUCAUACACACUGUAUUCAACGAUGGCUUAAAACAAGGGAGGUGUGCCCACUAGAUAACAGGCCGUGGGUAGAUAAGAAGGAGUGGAAUAAACUCGUCUGAGCGGAUGGUUCGCUAUUUCCACCUUCUGUCACCCUCACGUUUAUGUUGGUCUAAGUCCAUAAGUGGUGGGAAAUGACACUUUGAGGAUAUCUUGCUGUAUUUAGAUUCUAGCGACUCCAUCAAUGUUUAGAGUAAAAUAAAACAAAAAAUUUCAUUUUCCAAAGUUUACUAAUGGUUGAAUAUAUUGAGCCCUGUCAUGACGAGGGGAG